UAUUGCAUUUAAAAUUGUGCGUUGGAGAGUCUCUCUUUAUGGGACAAUUUAAGAGUUCUGAUCUUCUUUAUAAACUGUCACUUCAAUUCCAACUGAUUUCAACCGGACUUUUUAAAUAGGCUAUAACCUUCCUAACAAAACCGGGAAUGAAGGCCUUCAGUGUUGCAUUUGCUAUCGACCUCGCGUGUAUGUGCAUCCUUGAAAGCACUGCUGUUCCUUUCUCCGAAGAGCGAACAGACGAGGUUGGAAGCAUUGACAGUCCAGUUGGGGAACAUCAACAGCCGGGCGGCGAGUCCAUGCAUCUGCCGGAGCAUUUCAGGUUCAAGCGUCAGAGCCACCUCUCCCUGUGUCGUUGGUGCUGCAACUGCUGUCACAACAAGGGCUGUGGCUUCUGCUGCAAAUUCUGAGGACCUGCCUGCACUAAAACCCUCUUAUUAACUUAUUGCCUUUAAUUUCCCCCCUAUUCUUAUACAUUUCUUUUGUACAUUUCUAAGAUGCAAUCUUAUUGAUGUCUUUCUCAACGCACAACCUCAGUCUUGUACAUAAAUGCUUUGUAUCAUGUUGUAUAUCUAUUGUAUAGCCUAAUGACACAAGAAAAAUACUUAACUAUUUGAAAUAAGUGAGGAUUUUUAUUUUCUAUUUUGUACAUUUUAUAAAAAUUUAAAAAAAUGUAGUUUGUACGUGUUUGCGAUGUUUUCAUUCUACGAUGUUGUUUUUGUAACUAUGAUAAUGAUUUAUUAAAUCACUUCUUAUAA